UAACGUGUCGGCCAUGUAAACAAAAGAUGUCUGCUUCCUUGGCUGGUGUAGAUGCGGAGAGCAGCCUGCGGGAUGGCAGCGAUUCCCCGGGCAGUACGGGGAGCUGCUCCCCGGCAGAUGAGCUCAGGACUCUGCCUGUGUGCCCGGGACUGGCGGGGUUGCCGGAGGAGUUAGUGGAGCUCAUCAUGUGUAAAGGGGAUCUGGACUACCGGGACAUCGCCAGUGUCAGCGGUGUGUGCAGGCGGCUCCGAUCUGUGUGUGUCACCCGGGGGAAAGUGUGGCGGAAGCAGCUGUUCACUCGUUGGCCAUCAAUAAUCAAGUACUAUAAGCAUGUGGAUGCUCCGGACUGGCUGGAAGAGUAUAAAACGCGGUACAAGGCUGGCAUAGCCGCACGAAAACUAGUAUCCUCAUUCUCAAAGGAACUCAUUGUGGAGCAUCAUUUACCUUGUGAAGGUUUGAAUGAUCUCGAGAGUUUGGGCUAUCCUGUACAUUUUAUUGAAGAUGAGUUAUUGUGUAUGAUUGGUAUAGAGAGCUGGAAGUGUUUCAUACAGAAGUAUUGUGCAAAGAAGAUUCUAUAUUUCAUGCGACAAGAGUCUACUAUGUCUAAAUUUAAAGAGUUUAUUCAAAGACCUGCGGACCAACAAGAUAUUCUAGAAGGAGCUGUGCUGAUUGAUCAGUAUUGUAAUCCUCUAUUAGAUGUAAGCUUUGCAAAUAUUCAAGCGCAGAUUGAAGAUAUCUUGGCAAAGGUGAAAGCUUACCUUACUACGAAGAACAGUAGACACCCUAGUCUGUCUCUGCAGGCAGGUAGGAGAUCUCUCAUUGAAGACAUUGGUCUACAGGGACAGGCACUGGAUGCUCUAAAUCAUGUCCUAUUUGUUGACAUGAAGUUUAAAGGAAAUGUAGCAGAUUUCUAUAAUCCUCUUAAUUCCUAUAUGCACCAGGUUCUAGUUGAUAAGACCGGCAUCCCCAUCAGCCUCUCUGUGCUCUAUCUCACCCUUGCUCUGCACCUGGGAGUUUUUCUGGAGCCAGUGAAUUUUCCUCAUCAUUUCAUGCUAAGAUGGUGCCAAGGUACCCAGGGAAGUUCAGUCAUUACAGACUAUGUUUAUGUGGAUGCAUUUGGAUCUGGAAAAUACCUGACUGCGAAAGAGUGUGAAUACAUGAUUGGUCAACCUGUAACAGAGGAGUUCUACGCAGCUGUCAGCACCAAGGAGGUCCUACAGCGUAUGGUAGGAAACCUGCUCAACCUCGGCAAAAGAGAAAGCAAAGACCGCAGCUUUAUGCUGCUAAGAGUGUCUUUGGAUCUGUACCUAGCUAUGUAUCCAGACAGCGUGCAGCACCUAUUGCUACAGGCGCGACUCUAUUUUCAUCUUGGUAUAUGGCCAGAAAAGGUCUUGGAUAUCCUGCAGAACAUUCAGGCUUUGGACCCGUCGCAGCAUGGUGCUGUGGCAUAUCUAGUCCAACAUACUUUGGAACAUAUAGAGAGAAGGAAGGAUGACAGUACACUUCAUACAAAGCUGAGGUCCAAUGAGAAGGAAGUGUGUUAUUCUGUAGGACUUAUUAUGAGACAUAAAAGAUAUGAUUAUAGUUGUGUAAUCUUCAGCUGGGAUCCUUUGUGUAUGAUGCCACCGGACUGGAUGGAAAACCUGGACCUCUACCACCUCUCAAAAGGAAUAGCGCAGCCAUUUUAUAGUGUGCUUCUUGAUGAUGGUACUUGUAAUUAUGUCGCUCAAGAGGAUCUUGAACCACAUCCAUCUCCAGCAGAAAUAACACAUCCAGAUAUAGCCCUUUACUUCUCAGAGUUUGCAGGAGACCGCUACAUUACAAAUAAAGAGCUGCAGCUUCAGUUCCCAGAAGAUGCGGACUUUAUUGUCCAGCAGAGUGCGGAGGGUCAGCCUGAUUCUUCACCCCAGGAACCAUGA